CACCUCUCAAGCCGUGCAUCACCUGAGAGGAGAAGAGUGACUCCGCCAACAUGGGGGACAAAGAUGACCGAUCCCCCAAGAAGAAGAAGGGGGGAACCAAGGACAUGGAUGACCUGAAGAAGGAAGUGCCCAUUACGGAGCACAAGAUGUCCGUGGAGGAAGUAUGCAGGAAAUUCCAGACUGAUAUUGUCCAGGGAUUGACUACUGCCAAGGCUGCAGAGUUUCUGAUCAGGGAUGGUCCCAACGCUCUCACCCCUCCUCCCACCACCCCAGAGUGGGUCAAGUUCUGUCGUCAGCUGUUUGGUGGAUUCUCCGUCCUGCUAUGGACUGGCGCCAUCCUCUGCUUCCUGGCCUACGCCAUCCAGGCAGCCACUGAGGAAGAACCCGCAGGAGACAAUUUGUACCUAGGUAUCGUGCUCACAGCUGUCGUCGUUAUUACCGGUUGCUUCUCAUACUUCCAAGAGGCCAAGAGCUCCAAAAUCAUGGAGUCCUUCAAGAACAUGGUGCCUCAGCAAGCUUUGGUGAUCCGUGAGGGUGAGAAGGUACAGAUCAACGCUGAAGAAGUGGUGGCCGGAGAUCUGGUUGAAGUGAAAGGAGGAGACAGGAUCCCUGCCGAUAUCCGUGUGGUUUCAGCUCAUGGCUGCAAGGUGGAUAACUCCUCCCUAACAGGCGAGUCAGAACCUCAGAGCAGGUCACCUGACUGUACCCAUGACAACCCCUUGGAGACCCGAAAUGUUGCUUUCUUCUCCACCAACUGUGUGGAAGGCACAGCACGCGGCAUUGUAAUCUGCACCGGAGACCGCACAGUCAUGGGUCGCAUUGCUACUCUGACCUCUGGCCUGGAGACCGGCAAAACCCCCAUCGCUAAAGAGAUUGAGCACUUCAUCCACAUCAUCACAGGUGUGGCUGUCUUCCUGGGUGUCACAUUUUUCAUCUUGGCCAUCAUCCUGGGUUACUCCUGGCUGGAAGCUGUCAUCUUCCUUAUCGGCAUCAUUGUGGCUAAUGUGCCUGAGGGUCUGCUGGCCACUGUCACUGUAUGUCUGACCCUGACUGCCAAACGUAUGGCUAAGAAAAACUGCCUGGUGAAGAACUUGGAGGCUGUGGAAACCCUGGGUUCCACCUCCACCAUCUGCUCCGACAAGACAGGCACCCUGACCCAGAACAGGAUGACUGUGGCCCACAUGUGGUUCGACAACCAGAUCCACGAGGCUGACACCACCGAGGAUCAGUCUGGUGCAUCAUUUGACAAGAGCUCAGUGACAUGGAUUUCUCUGUCUCGUAUCGCUGCUCUGUGUAACCGUGCUCAGUUCAAGGGAGGACAAGAUGGAUUGCCCAUCCUGAAGCGUGACGUGGCUGGUGAUGCCUCAGAGUCCGCCCUGCUGAAGUGUAUUGAGUUGUCCUGUGGCUCUGUCAGGGCGAUGAGGGAUAAGAACAAGAAGGUGGCUGAGAUCCCCUUCAACUCCACCAACAAAUACCAACUUUCAGUGCAUGAGACAGAGGACCCCAAUGACAACCGCUACCUGCUGGUGAUGAAGGGAGCCCCUGAGAGGAUCCUAGACCGUUGCACCACCAUCAUGCUGCAGGGCAAAGAGCAGCCUAUGGAUGAAGAGCUGAAGGAAUCUUUCCAGAAUGCCUAUAUGGAGCUGGGAGGACUGGGAGAGAGAGUUUUGGGUUUCUGCCAUGUGAUGCUGCCAGAGGACCAGUACCCAAAAGGCUUUGCCUUUGACACUGAUGAUGUCAACUUCCAGACAGACAACCUUUGCUUCGUUGGCCUCAUGUCCAUGAUUGACCCUCCCCGUGCUGCUGUGCCUGAUGCUGUUGGCAAAUGCCGAUCUGCUGGUAUCAAGGUCAUUAUGGUUACUGGAGAUCACCCAAUCACAGCCAAGGCCAUUGCCAAGGGUGUGGGCAUCAUCUCUGAGGGCAAUGAGACAGUGGAGGACAUUGCAGCUCGUCUCAAUAUCCCUGUUAGCCAGGUCAAUCCCAGGGAUGCCAAGGCCUGUGUGAUCCAUGGUACAGACCUGAAGGAUCUGUCUCAGGAUCAGAUGGACGACAUCUUGAGGAAUCACACGGAAAUUGUCUUUGCCAGGACCUCCCCACAGCAGAAGCUGAUCAUUGUAGAGGGUUGCCAGCGACAGGGCGCCAUUGUGGCUGUGACAGGUGAUGGUGUGAAUGACUCUCCUGCACUGAAGAAGGCUGACAUUGGUGUUGCCAUGGGAAUCUCUGGCUCCGACGUGUCCAAACAGGCCGCUGACAUGAUCUUGCUGGAUGACAACUUUGCCUCUAUUGUCACUGGAGUGGAAGAAGGCCGCUUGAUCUUUGAUAACCUGAAGAAGUCCAUUGCCUACACCCUGACCAGCAACAUCCCAGAGAUCACCCCCUUCCUGUUGUUUAUCAUGAUCAACAUUCCUUUGCCACUGGGAACCAUCACCAUCCUGUGUAUUGACUUGGGAACUGACAUGGUUCCAGCUAUCUCACUGGCCUAUGAAGCAGCUGAGAGCGACAUCAUGAAGCGUCAGCCCAGGAACCCAUUCAGGGACAAGCUGGUCAAUGAGAGGCUUAUCAGCAUUGCCUACGGACAAAUUGGUAUGAUCCAGGCUCUGGGAGGCUUCUUUGCCUACUUUGUGAUCUUGGCUGAAAAUGGUUUCCUGCCCUCUCGACUUGUAGGCAUCAGGCUUAACUGGGAUGACCGCUCAGUCAACGACCUGGAAGACAGCUAUGGACAGCAAUGGACAUAUGAGCAGAGGAAGAUUGUAGAGUUCACAUGUCACACAGCCUUCUUCGUCAGUAUUGUGGUGGUGCAAUGGGCUGAUGUCAUUGUUUGCAAGACCCGACGUAACUCUGUGUUCCAGCAGGGCAUGAGGAACAAGAUCUUGAUCUUUGGCCUGUUUGAAGAGACAGCCCUGGCUGCCUUCUUGUCCUACUGCCCAGGCAUGGAUGUGGCACUCAGGAUGUACCCCCUAAAACCUUCCUGGUGGUUUUGUGCAUUCCCCUAUAGUUUUCUCAUCUUCGUUUAUGAUGAAAUUCGAAAACUUCUCAUCCGCAGGAACCCUGGAGGUUGGGUGGAAAGGGAGACAUACUAUUGAUCGAUGGAGCAUCUUUGCUCAAACCCCCCACAUCUUCCACUUAUUUCUCCCCCCUGUCACUCCAUCCCUGGCAAGACAUACCUCCAGAUGCC